CACAGAGAGGAGGGGGGUAAGGCGAGACGGACAGGUGGGCCAUCCUAGCCAUCAUCGGAGCAACCCGUGCCGAGCAACCCAGCGGGGCGAGAUGGAGAACGAGAAAAAAGGCAGCAGCGCGUCGUCGGAAGGCAGGGGCCAAGGCAAGCAUCCCAACAUGUCUCCGGUGACUCUCAACGUGGGGGGCUACCUCUACGUUACGCAGAGGCAGACGCUCACCAAAUACACGGACUCCUUUUUGGAAAGAGUGGUCAACGGGAGAAGCCCGUGCCCGUCGGACGCGGAGGGCCACUUCUUCAUCGACAGAGACGGUCUCCUCUUCAGGCAUGUCCUGAACUUCCUGAGGAACGGAGAACUGCUCCUCCCCGAGGGCUUUAAGGAAAACCAACUGCUGGCCCAGGAGGCCGAAUUUUUCCAGCUUCCCCUCCUGGGGGAGGCGGUGAAAGCCAAGUGGGAGAAGGAGCAGCUGGCAUCCCGGGAGGCCACCUUCCUGGAGAUCACCGACAGCCACGACCGGGCGCAGGGCCUGCGGAUUUUCUGCAACGCGCCCGAUUUCAUCGCCAAAAUCAAAUCGCGCAUUGUUUUGGUCUCCAAAAGCCGGCUGGACGGUUUCCCCGAAGAGUUCUCGGUCUCUUCCAACAUCAUCCAGUUCAAAUACUUCAUCAAGUCGGAGAACGGGACUCGGCUGGUUCUGAAGGAAGACAACACCUUCGUCUGCACCUUGGAGACGCUCAAGUUCGAAGCCAUCAUGAUGGCGCUCAAGUGCGGCUUCCGACUGCUGACCAGCCUGGAUUGCUCCAAAGGGUCGAUUGUUCACAGCGAUGCCCUCCACUUCAUCAAGUAAUUACUCUUCCUCCUCCUCCUCCUCCUCUCCACCCUGGGACCAAAAAAGGGACACGAGCAUGCAGCCUGUAAAUCUCCGUAAAACUUCCAAACGUCGCCACACGGUUUAUCCGGCUCUGCCAAUCCCAGAGCAUUGCUGCUAACAAAUCCGUGAGAACUCAUGGUGUUUUAUUAGAUGUGAUGGGAAUCGAAGUGAAUGCUGAAGCAAAUGUGUCUGCUUGGUUCUGCUUUGAUCAGCCGGAGGCUGGUGAUGGAACAGGUUGGUCUGCCUUUCGGGGGGGGGUGGCCAGGAGGCCUGGCUUCUUGCUCAAGAAUGAUAAAAAUGCUUUCUCUUUCUGACUUGCUCUUUAUCUUCCUGGGAUGAUGCUGGUUCAAGAGGAAAAAUAGUUCGGCUUUGCAUUGUUCGAAACGUUACAAUAUGCAGAGUGGUUGCAGGAACUGGGUAGGUCUAGUUUAAUGAAAAGAAGGACCAGGGGAGACAUGA